AUGAGGUCGGAUAAUGGCACAAACCUGGUUGGUGCAGAAAAGGAGCUGCGGAUAGCCAUGCAGCAAUGGAAUCAAGUCAAAAUCCAUGACAUGCUGGCUCAAAAAGACAUCCGGUGGAUUUUCAGCCCACCUGCUGGACCUCAUUUUGGAGGAGUGUGGGAACGACAGGGAGCUGUGAGUGUCCUCAGCAGCCUGGUGAAUGACGUCGCAGCGUCGCAGCGCCUGCUUGAACGGCAGAAGCAUCCUGACCUGCAGCUGCAGAGCAUGCAGAGCUUCCUCCAGCGCUCAGGCAUCACUGUGGACCAACUGGACAGACUCAACAUCAUCCAUGUGACUGGGACCAAAGGAAAGGGAUCAACGUGUGCCUUUACUGAAAGAAUACUGAGGAAUCACGGCCUCCGCACUGGGUUUUACAGCUCGCCACACCUGGUUCACGUCAGAGAGCGAAUCCGGAUCGAUGGCUGGCCAAUCGGCAAAGAGCUUUUCACCAAGUACUUCUGGGAGACGAUGGAGCGCUUAGAGGACACCAAGGACCUUCACGGAGGCUCCACGCCGUUUUACUUCCAGUUUCUGACUCUGCUGGCUUUCCACGUCUUCCUGCAGGAGAAAGUGGAUUUGGCGGUGGUGGAAGUUGGGAUUGGGGGUCAGUACGACUGCACUAACAUCAUCAGGAACCCUUGGGUGUGCGGCGUCACGUCUCUGGGCCUGGACCACUGCAGCUUGCUGGGAGACACCCUGGAGGAGAUCGCUCUCCAGAAGGCCGGGAUAUUCAAGCCAGGAGUUCCUGCGUUCACCGUCUCACAGAAACCCGGAGCUAUGAGAGUCCUGCAGCGCCGAGCCGAGGAGAUCCAGUGCCCCCUGGUGGUCUCUCCUGAACUCCAUCAGUACGAAGCUGCAGUGGGGCCAGUCAGGCUGGGACUGGCAGGAAGUCAUCAGCGCCUGAACGCAUCGCUGGCUCUGCAGCUGAGUUCCAGCUGGCUGCAGCGACACAAGGCCCAGAGAGCAGCUCACACAUUGAAUGGACUGAACUCCCAGAAUGCCUCUUUCCAGCCCAGCAUGGCCAUGCUGAGAGGUCUGCAGGAGACCGAGUGGCCGGGUCGGAGCCAGACGCUGAGCUGCGGUCCGGUCACUUAUUACCUGGACGGAGCUCACACCGCUGAGAGCAUGCAGGCCUGCGUCAGCUGGUUCAGCCAGGAGACGCUGCACAGAGACCGCCAGUACGACAACCACACUGCUGCCAUCAUUAAAGUUUUGCUUUUCAACACGACCGGAGAGAGAGACUCUGCAGCUUUACUGAGUCUGCUGGUGACCUGUGGGUUCGACUUUGCUCUUUUCUGCCCCAACAUCUCUGAAUCUCCUGCAGCUCAGCACAGCCUCGGUGUGCAGAUGUUGGAUCGAUGCAGAGAAAACCAGAACAUCUGGGAGAGCCUGAACGCACCGCGGCAGCAGCAGCUCUGCCGCCCCCUGGUGGCCGGUGCUGCUCCCUGCAGCCUGGCGUUUCCCUGCAUCCUGAGCGCCCUCCAGUGGAUCAGCCGGAUGGAGCAGCCCCCCUCAGGCGGGCUUCAGGCCCCCUGCAGCGUCUCUGUGCUGGUGACCGGAAGUCUGCACCUGGUGGGAGGAGCUCUGAAACUUCUGGAACCUUCUCUCAACUCACAAUAG